AUGUUGUCCUUUGCUCAGGUGGCUAAGCGUUCAGCUGCGGCUGGUAUGAGGAAGCAAGUGCUUUCCUCUAGAUCCCUCCGAACUUCCGCCCCUUCAUCCGCUUUGAGCAAAUUCGCGAUGCCCGCAAUGUCCCCUACCAUGACUGAAGGAGGUAUCGCCGGAUGGAAACUCAAAGAAGGAGAUUCAUUCGCUGCUGGAGAUGUCUUGAUCGAAAUUGAGACUGAUAAAGCUACUAUCGACGUCGAAGCUCAAGAUGAUGGUAUUUUAGCUAAGAUCAUGGUUCAAGACGGUGCUAAAGGUAUCCCAGUCGGUACUCCAAUCGCUAUUUUAGGUGAAGAGGGAGACGACUUAUCAGGAGCAGAUAAAUUAGCUUCUGAAGGGGGCGAAUCUUCAUCCGGAUCAUCAGGAUCAUCAGGAUCAUCAUCAUCAUCACCAGAGAAAUCAGAAACCAAAUCAGAGAAACCGGCAUCUGAACCAAAAUCGGAAUCAGAAGGAUCAACUUCAGCCAAAGAUGAUUCAGUUAACAAAUCAAAUAAAAAAGAAGAAUCUUCUAAAACACCAGUAUUAGGUACACCAGCGGAUGAAACUAAAUACGGAUCAAAUAACGCUGGAACAGAAGGCUUGAAAGUACCUGAAUUAGUCGGUCAAGGUGAAAAACCAAAAUUCUUCGCUUCUCCUUUAGCAAGGAAAUUAGCUAUUGAAAAAGGUAUUCCUCUUGGCGAGAUUAAAGGUUCAGGUCCAGAAGGUAGAAUCGUCAAGGCCGAUGUUGAGAAAUACAAGGGAGGUUCAUCUUCUUCUGCCGCCGCUACUACCCCUACUUCCGGUGCUACCGCUACCCCAGGUAAACCCGCCCCUGCCGCACCAGCAGAGUACGAGGAUAUCCCCGUCACCAACAUGAGAAAGACUAUCGGUAAACGAUUGACUGAGAGCAAGCAAACAUUGCCUCAUUACUAUUUGACCGUUGAGAUCAACAUGGACCGAUUAUUGAAACUCAGAGAAAUGUUCAACAAGGCUGGUGAGGGAAAGACCAAGCUUUCAGUUAACGAUUUCAUCGUCAAGGCCGCCUCUCUCGCUCUUGCUGAAGUACCAGAAGCCAACUCUGCUUGGUUAGGAGAUGUCAUUCGACAAUACAAGAAAGCCGAUAUCUGUGUUGCCGUAGCUACCCCCAACGGUCUCAUCACCCCUAUAAUCAAAGAUGUUGGAUCAAAGGGAUUAGCAAGUAUCUCAGCUGAGACCAAAGCAUUAGCAUCAAAAGCAAGAGACGGUAAACUUAAACCUGAAGAAUAUCAAGGUGGUUCAUUCACCAUAUCAAAUUUGGGAAUGUUCGGUAUUGAUAACUUCACUGCCAUUAUCAACCCACCACAAUCAUGUAUCUUGGCCAUUGGAAAAACUGCAACAAAAUUAGAAUUAGCUCCUGAGGAUCCAAAAGGCUUCAAAUCAGUUCAAGUUAUGAAAGCUACUUUAUCAUCCGACCAUAGAACUGUCGAUGGUGCCGUAGGUGCCAAAUGGUUGAAAGCAUUCAAAGAUUACAUGGAACAACCUUUGACUUUUAUGCUUUAG